GGCCAACCUCCACUUUACCGGAGGAAGACAGUCUUGAGAGCACAAAAGUCAGCAGACUGCAUGCUAAGGCUGUGAGCGUGUCGGCGUGUGCACAUGCUGCAGUGCAGAUUUCCUGCCGCCUCCACGGUACUGUUCCUGUUACCGCACUGCAGUGUGACCUGAGCGGCGGAUGAUGUGAGCGGUGCCGCCAGGCCGCUGUUGGCGUGAUAUUGUGGAAAUGGAGCAGAAUCCAAUGUCAAACAAGGAGCCAGCUCAGACGACAGAUGUGAAGAGGGCUCCUAAUAAAUCUGAAACCAAGCGAUACAGCGAGAUCUUCAGAGACUUUGACAAUUUCGAAUUGUGUUUAAUCCCGUCCAUAGGGGAUGACCUCUCGGAUGUUGACUCAUUCUCCAUCUCAGAUCCCAUCUCUGUAGAAAAUGCAGAGCUCACAGAGCAGCAUGAUGAGCCGGGUGACGAAGCAUUUUCUUCCCAGACACGUAAUGAGCCCCUUGAUGUAGAGUCUGCAGCCCAGGAAGCAGACCUGACCCUCUGUCGCUGUGAGGAUGGAGUGGAGGCCGCCCUGCAGUAUGCCAAGAUGUGGUGCCGCUACGCCAAAGAUCUCCUCGGCUGGAUGGAAAAGAGAAUCAGCUUGGAACAAGAAUUUUCAAAAAACGUGAUAAAAACAUCUGACGCAGCAAAAAGCACCAUAACACAGGUGGAAAUGAUGCCGCUGCAGUACAUCUACACUAUGGCGCUAGAGCAAGACAUCAAGAACAGUGUGGCCUCUAGGAAGAUGUUAGAAGUGAUACAGAGCCGCUGUUACCAAGCCUUGGCUGCCAAGAAAAACGAGAUUGACAAGUGGCGCAGAGAGUUUAAGGAGCAGUGGGCAAAAGAACAAAGGAGGAUGAACGAAGUGGUGGCGGCUCUUAAAAAGGCUCGGCAGCAAUACUUCCAGAGAGGCGAUGAGCUAGAGAAGGCUAAAGCCAUCUCUGCUAAAGCUGUGGAUGACACAGCUGGAAUGAAAACCAUAGAUAAGAGGAGAAAGUCUAAAGAUGAAGCCCAGUCAAAGGUGAUGGAGGCAGAGCUUGCGUAUAAACAGUGCGUGACCGACGCCAAGAUCCACCAAGAUGAGCUAGUGAGAGUCAAAGAGAGAAUCAUUUCUCACAUCCGCAAGCUCAUCUUUCAGGGAGACACGGUGCUCAAGGAGGCCACGGUCAACAUGUUUUACUUCCAGCGGCAGCAGACUGAGCCUGUUCCUCUUGGCUAUCACAACCUGGAGAUGACGUGCAGGUCCAUGGAGCCCGGGGAGCCGUACCUGGCCUACGUCCUCAGCAGGCGGCGUCCUGAGCAACCGCUGCAAGUCUUCACCUUCCAGGAGUACAUCCCGCAUGGCAAAGGGAACAAAGCAAGAAAAAGCAGCAAUGCUCUCGGCACCGUGCAGGAUGCUUCGCUUGAUGACAGCCCCUUCAAGAAGUCCAGUGACGGCAGGAGAACGGGCUACAGUGACAGUGAGAGUUUCGGAGGCAGUUUGGAGUCUCUGUCCAGCCCUGCCUAUGCACGGCUGCCAAAAACCGCCUCGACUUUGACAGUGUCGUCGGACGACCUGGAUGAACGGGACAUGGCGUCAGAACCAGAGUACGCUGACCACGCCAAGGUGCGCGCCUUCACGCAAGCUGCCCUGACGCAUCGACUCAAGAAGAUGAAGAGCAAGAUGAUCAAGUGCAAGCAGUGCGACAACUACAUCGUCGUCAGCGGGAUUGAAUGCGAGGAGUGUGGACUGGCUUUGCACAGGAAGUGCAUGGAGGUGUGCCAGCUGGAGUGCGAGCACAGGAAGGGGACCGUGUUCGGAGUGGACCUGUCGGCGCUGACCCGCGACCGGCCGGACCAGGUGCCCUUCGUGGUGCUGCUGUGCACGUCCGAGAUCGAGAGCCGCGCCCUCUCGGUCCAGGGAGUGUAUCGCAUAAGUGGAUCCAAACCUCGCAUCCAAAAGCUCUGUCAGGCCUUCGAGGUGCAAAAGGAGCAGGUGGACCUCUCUGACCAUUCGCCGCACGACAUCACCUCCAUCCUCAAGCACUUCUUCAAGGAGCUCCCAGAGCCCUUGUUAACCUUUGAGCUGUACAAUGAUUUCGUUGCCAUGGGAAGGACGAUUCAGAGUCUGAGCGAAAGGCAGGCGACAGCGGACACUAACGACGCGGCGGACAACAUCCAAAACAUCCAGACUCUACUGCAGAAGCUCCCGCCCUAUUGCUACAGCACGUUGCAGCACUUGAUGUCCCAUCUGCAAAAAGUUUCGGAGAACGUGGAGAAUAAGAUGUCCCCCAGUAAUUUGGGGAUCGUGUUCGGCCCGACGCUGUUGCGCCCCCUGGUGUCCACAGACAUGUCAAUGCUUGCUCUGCUGGAGACCAGCUACCAAGCCGUGCUCAUUGAGUUCCUCAUCGCACACUAUGACAAAGUCUUUGGGCUUCAGCAAAGAUCAGGAACCCCCCCUCCACCGCUCCCCACUGCACCUCUUCCAGACACCCCUCCCAGAGCGUCCUGUCCUCUAGAUGGGGGGGUUUAUGCAGGUCCGGUGCACGAAAACCCAUCCAGAGAGCGCCCUCGCUCACUAGAAAGUCGAACAUUCAAGAGAGAUUCAAGCGAGGGUUAUAUAUCUGACAAGUCUUCGUCCAAUGAGGCAGUGGACCAGCUCAGCCCUGAAGCCACUGAGAGAGCAGUCCUGGCUAUGAGAGAGGCAUCGAACAAUCCUGUGGGUGAGCCGCCGGGAGAACCAGCCUUUUAUUUGGGGACCCAGCCGAACUAUCGAUUCACUAGACAGCGGGUGAAGUAUUACCGGAGUUACAACCCAGGAACCCGAGUUUCCAACCCGGGAUGUUCAGCCGGACCUUCUGCGGCUCCAGUGGGGGGUUGUAGAGGGAGCGCUGACAGCAGUCGCAGCUCCUCUCCUGAGUCAGAGACACAAAGACGUUCCCAAACUUUACAUGGCUGUUGUGAGGACGCUCACCAGCACCAGCAGGCCGCAGAUGUCACAGAGCACAAAACGGAUGUUCCACUAAGUCCCCGUGAGGUCGUGCAGUACAUGUUAGGACUGGACUCGACAUUUACUUCACCGACAACUGUCACAUCUUGUGGUACAAUGCAAAAAUCAUCUCAGGACACAUCACCUGCAUGUCAAGUUGAUCAGAACAUUAGUCUGAGUAGUAACAGACAGAGUGGCUCAUCUAAUACACUUUCUGUGGAGCACAACGUGACGUCUCCAGCCCAGAAGAUCCUAUGUGGUCUGAAGCUGAGACGCAGCCACUCGGGGAAGGAUGAGCAGCUCUUUGUCUGAGGAAAUAUACACAUCGCUGAUACAGACACACACUGGACAACCUUAAUUAUUUUAUUUUACAACUGUGUUUCUCAAGACUAAACAUGCAUCUAUAUUUUUCACACACAUGCCUUUGAUGUAAUUGUUCAGUUAGUAAAAUGUUUCAAACUCACAUUGUAACUAAUAUUUAGGAGGUUCAGGACCGAUGCUUGCAACUACAUUUUCCACCGAUCAUCAGCUGUUUGAAACAGAGAUUUGUGCAGAUAUUAGUCCAAUGUAGCUACAGACUGGCCUGGUAGCAAACUAAAAGUCAUGUUGUAACAGGUUUCAAACUAAAUGUCCUGAAACUCUGAAAAUUUCAAACACCUUGCAGUGUUCAGAAUCCAUUUAAGGUUGUUUUAUUGCCAGUUUGUUGUGUGGUUAAUGGUUUAUAGACUCCACAUUAGCCAUGUUUUAUUGGUGUUACAGACAUCUUAUGAAGUUUUUAGUUCUGUGCGUUUUAGUUCUGUUCAGUUCUCCUGUUGUAACACAAGAGGGCAGUCUACCCCCCAGUUUCGGAUGCCAGUCACAAUAGAUUAAGCGCAAUAAACAAUGUAUUUUGUAAUUACAAGCA